AUGGCUGCAGAAGCACCUUCCGAACUCGACCUCGGGAAGAGAAGUCCGAAAAAGCCUUGCUCCUUCACCAUUGAGAACAUCCUCUCCGGCUCAGCGGAGAGGAGACCCCAGGUGUUUCUCCCAUUCUGCUUCCGAGGGAUCUUGGACUGUGAACCCCGAGGACUCUGCAGUCUGGGGACCCUUGCAGCUGGCUCUCUGCAGGAAGAAGAGGAGGGCGAAGAGGCCGAGAUGGACUUUGGACAGCCGUGCAAAAAUGCUCGCGGGAGCCAGGGAGAGCUGCAAACAUUCCACCAAGUCCAGCGGCGGACCCGUCGCCACCGCACCAUCUUCACUGAGGAACAGCUGCAAGCUCUAGAAGCCCUCUUCUGCCAGAACCAGUACCCAGAUGUCAUCACUAGAGAACAUCUGGCCAACCGUAUCCACUUAAAGGAAGAAAGAGUCGAGGUGAGCUUCUAG